AUGGGAAUCGAUGAGGAAAUUCAGAAUAUUUAUUAUAGUAUUUAUAAUAUUAAUAUUACCUUAGCAAAUGUAAGUUUACCAAUUGCGUGAGAUUUUAUCACUUUAGAAAUAUUUCAGUUAGAUCAGGGCUUAGCAAAGGCAUUAUAUACAAUGGACAAUGGUCUCGACAUUUUUGAUUAUCAUGUGAAUGAAACUGUCAAAAAUGUAAACGAUAUUCAGAAUAAUAUUAUUGCCCAAGUUGAUUCGGUUUGUUCAUUUUCCGCAUUUUUCCGAAACUAUAUAAUAACAAUGUUUCAGUUUCCAAAUCAAUGGUUAUAUCUGACAAUUUUGUUAUUUGUUAUUUUAUCACUUCUAGCCUUGAAUGCAUUUUUGAUAUAUUAUAUAAUCCGAUAUGUUUUGAAUCGACAACAAAGAUUUGAUGAUUAUCGAAUGUGGUAUUUGAAAAAUAUUAUGAGAAAGAAAAUGAUAGAUUCAGACGAUGAUUCAAUUGAAAUUGAAGAACAACGAAGAGAAACACCACCUCCUGAUUAUGGUUUGUUGAUUUUUUUGAAAUUUUAAUAGAACACAUUUUUUUUCUUCAGAAGAACUUGAGUCAAUUUAUGAAGAAUAUGAAGAUCAAACACCAAUUCUUGAGAGUUAUUCGCCAUCUCGUAAAAACAGUACAAAACCGGUUGAAUAUUCAACUUUAAUUUGA